CGCGAGAUCAGAAUUUGUUACUGAUAGCGUGAUUCAUGCUGACCUGAUGAGGAGCAUCUAAAUUCAUUGGAGCAACACCCAUCACCAAGUUGAAAUACUGCACAAAACCUCCUAGGGAAGGAGGCACAGCUUGAGUCCAUCUUACAGGAAUUUCCUCUCAUUCUAUUUCACUGCAUGGAAAUUUCCUGUAGUGGUCGUUCAUGCACAUGCUCCACUUCCUGUCUUUGCUUCCAGGCCUGGCUCACAGUGAUGCUGUUGCAACAUGAGUUGUGUCAAAUUGAAUUUUAAGGGACUACAUCGUCGUCCAGGCUGCUUUUAAUUUUUGCACCCUGAAUGAAUGCAUGUGCCACAUCUAUAAAAGGGUGAGAUGUUGCAACCUUCAUUCAAUCUUUGAAACCAGUAUUCUGGAACAGGCUCGACAUAUUAAAAUUCCUGGUGCAACACAUGUCUCCUGAGAAAAUAACUGUCACAAUUCGUUUGGUGCGGUCCUUUGAACAUCGCAAUUUCAAACCUGUGGUCUACCAUGAUGUUAAUGUAGAUCAAACUGUAAAGGAAUUCCUUAACUUUCUCCAGAAUGAUUUAUCUUCAAAACCUGGUCUUCCACCACCUUUUAAGAAAUACACCUAUGAUACAUUAAAGAUUAUUCACCAAGCACAUGGAGCAAAGACAAAUGAUCUCGUUGUAAGUUUGGAUAAUGAUGACCAACUUAUAUUAAAGGAGGCGAGCACAUUGAAAGAAGCAGGAGUGGCCCAUGAAACAGAAAUUGCUUGUUUUAAGAGAGAAGAUUAUGAAAAGUUCAAAAAGAACCCUGUAGUAAAAUGGUGAUUGAAAUAAAAUGUGCUAAAUCUCAAACAA